UUUGCUGUGUCUCUCUGCAACUUUUCACAACGCUUAAAUGUUUUGGUUGUGUUACUGUGAUUCUUUAUUCAUUUUCUGCAAGUGAGCUCCCAAAUUCUGUUAUUUCUUGAAAUUCAUUGAGUUUGGAGAGUUGGGUUUGUGUUUUUCCUCAUGGGUACUGCUUCUGCGGGGUACCCAUCUGGAAUUACUUCCCAUUACCGUGGAAAGUUUGGGGCUUUUCCUCAAAAAGUCGAAUUCAUUGGCUCUAAUUUUCCACUUCAUGUGGAAUUUCCAAGAAGUAACUUGUACCCAAGUUCUGUUUCCACCACGACAUCCAAGGAAAUAGUGUGUCCAAAAUGUUCUCUGCCUGAUAGUGGUGAAUUUUUCUCAGAAGAAGUCUCGACACCCAUUCUUGAUUCGGUUGAAAAUCCUAUCCACCUGAAGAACUUGUCUCUUAAAGAACUGAAACAGUUAUCUGAUGAAAUCCGUUCAGAGUUGUCAUCAAUAAUGUCAAAAACAAGAAAGUCUUUUAAAGCUAGCUUGGGAGUAGUAGAGUUGACAGUGGCCAUGCACCAUGUUUUCCAUGCUCCUGUGGACAAGAUACUGUGGGAUGUUGUAGAACAAACCUACGCUCACAAAAUUCUAACAGGAAGACGGGACCUCAUACAUACAGUGCGACGAAAUAAUGGUCUUUCUGGUUCUACAUCUCAAUCCGAAAGUGAAUAUGAUCCAUUUGGGGCAGGGCAUGGGUGCAGCAGUGUUUCUGCUGGACUUGGCAUGGCAAUUGCACGGGAUAUUAAAGGAAAGCGGGAACGUAUUGUCACAGUCAUCAGCAAUGGGUCAACAGUAGCUGGUCAGGUCUAUGAGGCAAUGGGUAAUGCAGGGUAUUUGGACUCAAAUAUGGUAGUUAUUUUAAAUGACAGCAGGCACUCUUUACACCCAAUGAUUGAGGAGGGCCCCAAGACAACCAUUAAUGCUCUGUCUAGUACCCUAAGCAAGCUCCAGUCAAGUAAAUCAUUUCGGAAGUUUAGAGAAGUUGCUAAGGGUGUUACUAAAAGAAUUGGUGGAGGUAUGCAUGAAUUGGCAGCUAAAGUUGAUGAGUAUGCACGUGGUAUGGUCGGUCCACUAGGAUCAACUCUUUUUGAAGAGCUUGGAUUGUAUUACAUUGGCCCUGUUGAUGGACACAACAUUGAAGACCUGAUUUGCGUUCUACAGCAAGUGGCAUCACUGAAUUCAAUGGGUCCUGUUUUGGUCCAUGUGAUAACAGAAGAAAAUCAGGGACUGGAAAACAACCCGAAGAGUGGGGUGGCAUACAGGCAGCAGGAAGGUUUGAGUAAUUCUGAUGAUUUACCGUCCAAAGCUCGCCCUAGAACUUAUAGUGACUGCUUUAUGGAGGCUUUGGUUAUGGAGGCAGAGAACCUAUUCCGUGAAAGAUUUCCUGACAAAUUUUUUGAUGUGGGAAUGGCUGAGCAACAUGCAGUUACUUUUUCUGCUGGUUUGUCACGUGGAGGAUUAAAGCCAUUUUGCAUAAUUCCUUCUGCAUUUCUACAGAGAGCUUAUGAUCAGGUGGUUCAUGAUGUAGAUCGGCAAAGAAUUCCAGUGCGUUUUGUCAUUACAAGUGCAGGAUUGGUUGGAUCUGAUGGUCCCUUGCAGUGUGGGGCAUUCGAUAUAACAUUUAUGUCAUGCUUACCAAAUAUGAUUGUCAUGGCACCGUCCAACGAGCUUGAGCUUGCCAACAUGGUGGCCACUGCAGCCUACAUUGAUGAUCGUCCAGUUUGCUUCCGAUAUCCUAGGGGAGCCGUAGUUGGGAUGGAACAUUCUAUGUGCAGUGGGACCCCCAUUGAGAUUGGAAAGGGGAAAAUUCUCACAGAGGGUAAAGAUGUGGCAUUGCUUGGAUAUGGAUCAAUGGUUCGGAACUGCCUUAAGGCUCGGUCUCUUCUUUCAAAGCUUGGCAUUGAGGUAACAGUUGCAGAUGCAAGGUUCUGCAAGCCCUUAGACAUCAACCUUCUUAGGCAGCUUUGUCGGAACCACUCAUUUCUAAUCACGGUCGAGGAAGGCUCUAUUGGAGGAUUUGGAUCCCAUGUUGCGCAGUUCUUUGCACUUGAUGGACAGCUUGAUGGAAGCAUUAAGUGGCGACCAAUUGUUUUACCGGACAACUACAUUGAGCAUGCAUCCCCAAACGAACAGCUAGCUAUUGCUGGGCUGACUGGACAUCACAUAGCUGCAACAGCGUUAAGUCUGCUUGGCCGAAAUCGUGAAGCCCUCCACUUAAUGUGCUAAGCACCUGCACUUCUCUACCAUUUGCAUUGAGAUUUUGCUGGUUAGCCGAAGAAAGGGAAAGACAGAUAGAAGCUCAAGCAGCCAUAGUUCUACCAAUGUUUAGGAAAUUUUUUCCCGUACCUAUUUGUAUAUAAGUGCUUCUCACAAGUUUAUGAUAUAAUUGUACAGCGGCAAUGUCACAAUGGAAAUGCAUGUUUGCUGAUAUGCAUUAAGAGUUAUACUCUACAGCCCAACUAAAUAUUUAAGAAAUUUAAUAUCAUGCUCUCAGAUCUACUGUAA